AUGGCUUCACGGGGCCCCUACUCGCGGUAUUCCUCUCCCGCCCGCUCUCCCGAUAUAUUCCCCCCUCAGUACGACCCAUUCGACCCCCCACUAGAUCCCAUUGAGAUGCAAAGCCAUACUCCUUCUUGGGAAACCCGUCGCUCCGCCGAAGAACCUCGAGGGCGCCGCUCUACAACAGACAUCCCUCUCACCGAUAGGAGGUCAAGAUCCGCCGUGUCCAUACCAUCCGAUUACGGUGCAGAUAGCUCGUCUGGAUAUGCGCCAAUACCUCCCGCGGCACACGCUCCCCGGAAGUCUGUGGGAGGCGCAUCUGUACAUACUUUCGGCGCGUCACUGAACUCGUUCGGCUCGACCCUCAACCCCGUCAAGACCAACGACCCGGAUACGCAAGCAUUAAUGGAUAGACGAGCUGGGGAAAUCGCAGAAUGGAGGGUACAUUGGCAGACACCGGCCACCAUGCUGGUUCUAUUCGUAGCAGGUGUCAUGGGCGCUGUGGGGCACCAUCUCUUCUACACACACCUGAAUGGGAAGCCGGCAGAGAAUCAGCUGAAGAUGGUCCGGUAUGGUACUGCUCUGGCUUUCUUUGUCAAAGCUAUGCUCGUAGGCACCGUCGUCCUAAGCUAUAGGCAGAGGAUAUGGCACACGUUCCGUAAGAAGGCGAUGACAAUCUCUGCUAUCGACAGUCUCUUCUCAGCCACAGAAGAUCCUACCCAAUUUCGUUCCUUCGAGAUGAUUCGGAACGCGAAAUUGGCGACUUUGAUGGCAAUCGCCAGUUGGUUGAUUCCGAUAGCUGCGGUUCUGUCACCUGGAUCCCUGACGUCGGAGCCGAAGGAUUUGCACAACUCCACGUUCUGUCCAGGUGUAGGCACCUUGGACUUUACAAAUGAGUCUAGAUUUAAUUUCCGGAAUGAGUCCGCGUACCCUGGAAGCUCAUUGAUAUACUACAACACGACAGAUGUCAAUGCCAAGGCACCCGGCUGGUUCGACUACUACGAUCAACCUAGCAAAAUCUCCAAGCGCCUCUCAAUUACAUCAGCAUACUUACAGAAGCCAGUCCAGGACCCACAGGCAUCGGUAAAUAACUGCGAUCAUGGCUGGAACUGCACAUAUAUCAUCCAUUUCCAAGGUCCGGGCUACAAUUGCGAAGAGAUAGCGAAUAGCAGUAAUCCCGAUGCGCAGCAGUUGAAUGACCAGGGAGCCCCAUUCAAUCUUACCGCACUUGCACCUCAAGGGAACAAUGUUUACAUGGCUAACGUAGAUGUUGGAGAUUACACCGAUCCACAGACCGAAACCAACGACAAAGGAGAGCCUGCCAACGGACCACCUUAUCCUCCCUUGCUUGGAGUUUUCCAAGCGGAGCCUAUCCUUUGGAUCGGGUACUCCAUCAACACUAGCAAGUUAUAUGACAAGUCCUCAGAAUAUUAUGCUAAGUGGGGUGGUGUACAUGAAUCAAAGAUCUUCAAAUGCGAAGCAUAUCAUACGAACUAUACCAUCCUUAUGAACUAUACCGACGCAAUUCAAACAGCAACAAUCAUGAACAGAACCUUUAUUUCGCCAAUUGUCGACACGUCUGUACAGCCAAAUGCCAGAAACGCAAGCCAGGUCGUUGCCACUCCCAGCAGCAAUUUCGUACGCCCCAACGACAAUGUUCAACUGUACAAACUCACGGCCACAUACCAUGCCAUGGGGUCUCUCGUCCGUAAUUUCCUUCGCGGCACAAUCAGCCGCGAGACUACUUUCCAAGUCACCAAAUCGGACAUUUCCGAGACUCGGUUGGUCGAUGUUAGCACUUCCUACCCGAUCAAGGACUUAAUGAACCAAACGCAAUCUUUUUUCGAAGACAUGAUAGUCACUCUCCUCAGCGAUCCCCAUCUCAUAGUAGCGUCCACGGACGGCGUGCCGUGUUCCAAAACCCGGAGCAUCAACUCUUUUGUUUACCAGGCCCGGGGCCUCUGGAUUGGCUACGCAAUCGCCGUAGCCGUGGCUUUUGUUUUCCUCCUCGUCGGCGCUUGGUCCAUCUUCCAGAACGGCGUGGCAAGCGAUACCCUUUUUAGCCGCAUCAUGGUCACGACGCGCAAUCCGACCAUUGACCGCCUCAGCGUUGGUGCGUGCCUUGGCGGCGACCCCUUCCCGGCCGAGCUGCGGAAGACGAAACUGAAGUUCGGCGUCCUACUCGAGGACGGCGAGGGGCGAGACGGCCCGUUGGGCCGGGUGGAGCAUUGCACGUUUGGCACUGUUGGCGAGACCAAGGACAUUGUCAAGCAUGGCACGUAUGCUGGUUUGAAGAAGUGGAGAAAAGAUGCCGAGGAAGAGGUCGGCGAUGUGGAAGAAAAAGACGCGCUUUUGCAGGGAUUUCAAAGAGAGUCUUUGUAGGACUGCAAGAUUUGGCGCAAUUUCUUGGAUCUGAGGCCGAGAGGGUGGAUCUCCGUGAUGAUAUAUGAUUAUAAUGAGUAAUGUUUGGUUCUGGGGGCCACUGCUAGAGGCGCAAUUGGUCUACUAACAGAUGGUAUCGGUGUUUAUAAGCGAUGAAAGACUAAGGUAUUGGUGUACAUAAUUGUACAGACUCUGUGUGUAUACGCUCUGUUUCUUGUCUAUAGCUCAGAGAUACCCGAAUGGAAGACUUGAUUUUUACUGC